CCCACAAAAUGGAAAUACGAUUGCAACAAUGUUUUGACACACGGCUUUGACGCGCGUCUGUUCUUGGUCAAACGUGACUACGCGCAUCCAGCCUGAGCGGAAGGACGGAGACAUGUCGCGCGAGUAGCCCGUCCGGUGUCCCCCGGUGUCUCUUCGGCGGUGAAGCUGUUCGUUCCUCGACAGAUGGAGGAGGGCAGCCUGGUCUCCUGCCGAGAGGACAUCUCCUCGCUGUUUGCAGAGCAAACGCCGUGUGCCAAAUACAAAGAUUUAAGCGGGCAGUUUUCCACCGUCAGACAAGUGCGCGGAGAUGGAAACUGCUUCUACAGAGCGCUGUGCUUCGCCCACUUGGAGUCGGUGCUGCACAACGCCAGGGCUUUGCAGAGGUUUAAGGAGAAGAUUGUUCGCACCUACGAGGACUUGUCUUCUGCGGGAUUUGACGAGACGUCCUUCAAGCAUCACCUGAACACAGUCGUGGACGUGGUGGAGCAGUGCCAGGCCGACGAGCAGGAGGACACGCUGCUCCGGCUGUUCAAUGAGCAGACGACGUCCGACAGCGUGGUGCAGUAUCUCCGGCUGCUCACCUCGGCGCACCUGCAAAACCAGGCAGAGUUCUUCUGCAACUUUGUGGAGGCCCCCAAUCUGCUGGUCUACUGUCAGCAAGAGGUGGAGACCAUGGCGAUGGAGUGCGAUCACGUGGACAUCCUCGCGCUGUCCCAGGCCCUGGACAUUUGCAUCCACAUCGUUUCCAUGGAGGGCGACGAACCGCAGGUGGCUCACCACGUCAUUCCAGAAGGUGCUGAACCCUCCCUGCACCUCCUCUACCAAACGUCACAUUAUAACAUUCUCUACGCGCGACCUCAACACUGACCGGAGACCCACGAGGACUCGGCUCAACUCAGGAAAAGUGACUUUGAUGGAAUGAGAAUCCCCAUUGGGCUUUGAGACACUUAAGAGAUUUAUAUAAAGUCUUGCAAUAUACAGCGAGUCAACACUUGCAAUAACAUUUUGGGUUUUUGCACAUUGUGCAAUAAGUAUUUCAUCAAAUUGAAACAAAUUCAUGAAAACCAUUUACAUGAAAUCAACAUUUCACACAAACCCCGUCAAAAGGUGGCUUCUCUAAACACACAUUCCACAAACAUGUCACUGCUGCUCCUUUUUCCGCUGCUGCGCGCCACCUUUCUUCAACUUCCGCUUGGUCUCCUGGCUCGAGAGACUGGAGAGGGCGUUUCCCCUCCCAGCCACAGGCAUGUGGGGAAUGGAGAGCCUUCCCAUUUGAGUGGGGUACUUGGACUUAUUCAGAUUCCUGAAUACCGGCUGGGAGAUCAGAUGCUUCAGAUGCUUUUUCAUCCCUUUCACCACCCUCUGCUGCUCUCUGUCACCGUCGUCGUCGUUUCCUCUGCCUGUGGGCAUGGAUGGUAUAUUCAGAUGUCUGUAUUGGAACCGUUUUAAAUAAAGUGAACCUGGUGCAGAA